AGUGGAUAUAAGGAACAAGUGGUUAAAAUUAAAACUGUAUUGAUGAUCACGUCUAAUCUUCAAAGAAAUCUUCGCUUUAAAAUAUAUCCUCAGUAGCGUUUGAGGAUUAAGUUCAAAUCUACUGUUACAUUUUCAGAGAAACCGUGAAUCAAGUUUUGCGCUUAUCAGAACUAAAAUGAGAAGCUUAGGUGUAACUUCCAGUUUCUGGUGGACUCAUCUGCCUCAGCUGGAAGAGUAAUAUUCACCUGACACAGGUGCAUCGCUGUUUCAGGUUAUAAAUCCAAGAUAUUCUAGUGGUUAUGUUGAAGUUACAAUGCAGGUGAACCUGUAAGUUCAAGUCAAUUCAAAGAGCAAGUUUUAAUAGAGCAUCACCCAGGGCAAAUACUGAUGCACGGGAGCUACUGAUUUGGAAACUUCAACAGUGUUGUUUUUAAUGCCCCGGGACACCACAUGUUAGCAUCAGUGAUACUUUGUUUGGGACAGCCUCAAUAUGGAGUUAGGCUGAGAGAUGAUCAGCUGAGGAACAGAUAACUCCACAUAAGUAUCUGCAUCUGCCAUAAAUCUUAAUGUUUUCUUUGACCUUUGGAUUCAACUUCUCCACAAAUCUAUAAGGCUGUAAGACAUAGGAGCAGAAUUUAGGUCAUUCAGUCCAACGAGUCAGCUGUCCCAUUUGAUCGUGGCUGAUUUAUUUUCACCUUCAACCCCAUUCUCCUACCUUCUCCCUGUAACCUUUGAUGCCUUUACUAACCAAGAACGUAUCGAACUCUGCUUUAACUAUACCCAAUGGCUUGGCCUCCACAGCCACACGUGGCAGUGAAUUCCACAGAGUCACUGUCCACUGGCUAAAGACAUUCCUCAUCUCUGUCCUAAAGAGAUUCUGACACUCCUUAUAUAUCUGGUAAAAAAUACAGAUUUACAGUUACAUAAUACCUAAUUUGCAGACUUCUUUCACAUAAAUUAAUUCUUAAUUUAGACAGGAAAAAUGCAUGUUCAAACCUUUCAAGAGUACUCAAUUUUUAAAUUGAGUACUUUAGGCCAAGAAUUUGAGAGGAGCGAAUAACACCUACAGUGUGUAUAGAUCAUUGAACCUGGAAAUGAAACCAUGAGACCAUCAGAGGAAACAUUAACCUGUUAACUGUGCUUUUAGGCGGCCCAGCAUUUCACCCAGUGAAGGAGAAGAAGCUGGAUCUCAGGAACUAGAUCAUGUGGGAGAAGCAAAACUGAAAACAGGUACAACAGAAUGGCGCUGAAGAGGUCCAUGUACUCUCCACGGUGAGCGAUAUUUGGGAGCUCCGACUCUCUGGUGGCGGAGGAUGGAAAUGAGGACCACAAGCCCCUGCCCCUACCCCCACCCCCGGGACAGCCCGGAGAGAAAGAGCACCAGCCCCGAGGCGCAAGGGCCACCUCCCGGUAAGAAGGCCAGGCUGGAGCCGAACGGUAGCCCGACGGACGGAGGCAGAGGAAAAUCCAACGGCUCCCCCGUCAAGGCGUUGGGAGGGUCUACCCUGCCGGUGUUUUGUGUGGUGGAGCAGUCAGACAAUCCUGUGGAGAGUGAAGGGAAAGAGGAGCAUGCUGAAUUUGUGCUGAUCCGUAAAGACGUGUUAUUCAAUCAGCUUAUCGAGACGGCCCUAUUAUCACUUGGAUAUUCCCACAGUUCUGCAGCACAAGCUCAAGGCAUGAUCAAGGUUGGAAAGUGGAGCCCUCUGCCCCUGAACUAUCUCACUGAAGCACCAGAUGCAACUGUAGCUGACAUGUUACAGGAUGUCCAUCAUGUUGUGACGCUGAAAAUCCAGUUACAAAGCUGUGCAAAGUUUGAGGACCUUCCCGCAGAGCAGUGGAACCAUGCCACUGUUCGGAACGCAUUGAAGGAGCUGCUGAAGGAAAUGAACCAGAGCACCCUGGCCAAAGAAUGCCCUCUCUCCCAGAGCAUGAUUUCCUCCAUCGUGAACAGCACUUACUAUGCCAAUGUAUCAUCAGCCAAGUGCCAGGAGUUUGGAAGGUGGUACAAAAAAUACAAAAAGAUUAAAGAGUCAGCACAAGACUGGGUUCCCUCAAUGUUUCAAUCAAACAGACUAUUAAAAGUGGAGAGAGAAAAUCUAUCAGAGUACUGUGUCCUAGGACAGCGGCCAUCCCACCUGACGAACAUCAGUCAACUGGCAAAUUUGGCAAAAAGCAGUGAGCAGUCUCCGCACAGCCAGCUCCAUCACAGCCCACCCAUCAGAAGCCAGGCCCCGGGCCUGCAGCCGAUCAUGAGCCCCAGUCUGUUGUCGCCGCAGCUCAGCCCUCAGCUGGUGAGGCAGCAGCUCGCCAUGGCCCACUUGAUCAACCAGCAGAUCGCCGUCAGCAGGCUGCUGGCUCACCAGCACCCGCAGUCCAUCAACCAGCAGUUCCUCAAUCACCCACCCAUCCCCAGGACUGUGAAGCCCACUGAGCCUGCCAGUUCCUCAGUUGAGGUCGCUCCGGAGAUCUACCAGCAAGUCCGGGACGAGCUCAAGAGAGCCAGCGUAUCACAAGCCGUGUUCGCACGAGUUGCCUUCAACCGUACACAGGGCUUGCUAUCGGAGAUCCUCCGAAAGGAGGAGGAUCCUAGAACAGCAUCCCAGUCACUCCUUGUAAAUCUCAGAGCCAUGCAGAAUUUCCUGAACCUUCCCGAGGCAGAGCGUGACCGAAUCUACCAGGAGGAGAGGGAACGAAGCAUGAACCCAAACAUCUCCAUGGUCUCGCCUUCAGCAGGCAGCCCAGGCUCUUCUCGAACCUCUCAGGCCAAGACCUCCGCGUCAACACCAGAUCUUCUAGUUAAAGUGGAGAAUGCAAACCUGAACAUCUCGUCAGCCAUUUACGAGGAGAUCCAGCAGGAGAUGAAACGGGCCAAGGUAUCUCAGGCCUUGUUUGCAAAAGUGGCAGCAAAUAAAAGUCAGGGCUGGUUGUGUGAGCUGCUCCGCUGGAAAGAAAACCCGACUCCAGAGAACAGAACCUUGUGGGAGAACCUGUGCACUAUCCUACGCUUCCUGAGUCUUCCUCAAGCUGAGAGGGAUAUUGUCUAUGAGGAGGAAUCACGGCAUCAUCACAAUGAACGUUUGCAGCACGUUGUCCAGCUGUCCCCAGAGCCUAUCCAGCAAGCCCACAUUAGAUCAGCUGAGCACGGAGUGCCACUGGGAUCGGCAGUCAUAAGAGAGUCAGUGACCCAUUCACCCACACUUCCAGCUGAAGGAGGAUGCUUAAAGGCACUGCACAGACAGCAAUCCCAGUCUGCGAAGGAGAGUUCACCCCCUCGAGAGGAGAAAGGCACUCAGCCACAAGCUGCUGCUGAGGAUAACUGUGCCAAAAAACCCAGGUCACGUACUAAGAUCUCCGUGGAGGCAUUGGGCAUCCUUCAGAGCUUCAUCCAUGACGUGGGCCUGUACCCUGACCAAGAGGCUAUCCAGACCCUUUCUGCCCAGCUGGAUUUGCCCAAGCACACCAUUAUCAAAUUUUUUCAGAACCAGCGAUACCAUGUUAAGCAUCAUGGUAAAUUAAAAGAGCACUUGGGAACCACAAUAGAUGUUGCGGAAUAUAAGGAUGAAGAGUUGCUCACAGAGCCUGAGGAGAACGACAGUGAGGAAGGUUCUGAGAUGUACUCCAUGGAGGCGGGAGAGGAAAACCUCAGCAAAACCAAAGCCAAACCUCCAGAGCUCGACCAGAAAUAAUGUGAAACACCCACAAAUGCAUACCUACAUAAAAGCUUGUUGACAAUUCAAUGUGCAGCUUUGCGUUAUGCAUUAAGUGCAUUUGAUGUACGACAGUAUUCAAUAUGCAGGUGUAAUCUAAUGUUGCCUUGGUGAGGAAUUUCAGAAAUAAUUUUUUUUCCACAGACGUUUUGAGUCUUACAGACUGGGAAAGAUUAAACUAACUCCAAAGUUUGUUCACUAACUUAAUCCUGCACUAAGACUUAAAUAAAGGAACACUGGGGUCAAAUUGGAAAAGAACACUUUCUCAGAACUUGCCUAGGACAAAUCUCUCCAUACAAAAGUUCUCUGAUUUUCAUUGAAAUGUAAAAUGAAGAUUUACCUAGAUUUGUCCUCAGAAUCACUUUAUGAUGAAUUGUUUUGGCUCAAGCAAAGCUGUCUGCAAAGGGGGUGUGGUGACUUUAAGCUUUUGUAAUUCCUAUUUAUUUUCUCAGUUUGUUCUGAUUUUUUUUUAACUUGGCUGCCUGUCACAUGACCAUAAAAUAUUUGGGGUUUGAACUUUUCUCAAGAAGAGGAAAACACCACUGCCAAAAGAGAAAACAAAAUCAGCAAACACAAAAUAUAUCUUUGGAACAUGGUUAAUUUUACAGAUUUGUUGUUCGGUGCUGUGUGAAUCUGGUAGCUGUAUCAUUUGCACCAAGUAUUAUAUUUUGUCAAAAGAGGGAUGUGUGGAUUUCAGUAAUGCCCAGGGACACUGCAGUUCGAAUCAGAAUGGAGAUAUGUGCAAAUAGGAUUGAAGUAACCACAUGAGUUAAUCAGGAAAAAGAAAAACAUUAAUAAAUAGGGCAUUGAUUAGAUAAUAAUAAUCAAUUGCACAAUAAUUAGUUUGAGACUUGCUGGUUUUGGAGAGAUGUUUUAAUGCAUAUAGACUAAUAUGUAAAACCUCCAUAUUGUAGUCUAUAUGCUUGGUGCAUGGUUGUGAAUGAACUAUUUCCAAAGUUAAAAAAACAGUAGGACAUUAAGAAUGUUUAGUUCAUUUCAUAGCCAACAUGUUCAUCAUAAUUGCCCUCUGUUACCUUAAAGCAAUGCUUUUGGAUUGGUGCAGAAUUGAUUAAGUGAUUCCAAGAUUCAAAUUCUGAAUUCAUUCAGUCGAGAGAUUUGUCUUCCCCUGCUUUGUCCUUGUCUCUGUCAGGUCAGUCUGUCUGUCCGUCUCUCUGUUUCUCUCAUACAUGCACACCCUUUUUUUUACCACUUCCCAGUGUGGUCAAAGGCAGAAAACGCUUCUUCACAUUUUUUUUCCUGUCGGCAGUACCAUUGGGGGCAGAUAUUGCUCAAUUCAUCACACCGUCCACUUACCUGACGUCAAUCAGCAACACCACAUUUAAAGGUUCCUGUCAUCCUCCCACUGUGUGCCUCACACCACAGUGCCCAACUUGGAUGCUCCAUCAGCCACUCUCUGUGUAGGGAACACCAUCCAAAACACAUAACACAGUGUGCACAGUGUGGAAGAAACUGCAUUUAGAACAGCUGUUACCACAGGUCUGAUGUCACCAGUAUUCUCCUUCAGGUGUCCCACUCCACAAUCUCUUCGGAUAGACAAGCACCAUGACAUAACCAUGUCCCCCUCACUUUACAUAGCCGAGAACUGCCAGUCGUUGGUAUAAGACAAGGAAGAGAGUGAUAGCAAAGGGAGAACAUCACUUACUGUCGUAUCCACAGCCACCAGCACAGUGGGGUUAACCUGGAGGUUAACUUUGAGGUAGGAUCUGCCUUGGUUCUGUUACACAGGGUGUGUCCUGCAACCGGGGCAGAGCAAAGGGAAGCCCAGCUGCCGGCCUGCACGUGACCUGAAGGUGCAAUCUGCAGCCACGUUGCUGACACCGUGAAGUGGUCGGGGUCAAGCCGCUCUUCGCCAUCCCUGCUACGCUCGCGAGGGGAGCAGUGCAUGGUAGCACCCUGUCGGGCAAAAGCAUGAGAUGCAAAGCAUGUGCUCAGGAGGUGCUAUAUAGCUUCCCUGCAUGUAUAAAUCUAUUUGGUAGGUUUAGUGUGUUUAUUUGUGCAUUGUAUCGAAAUGCGGCCAGUUACAGAAGGAAAGAUGUGGGACGGUUGAUGAAUGGCAACUAGUCAUUGCAUUAUCCGGAGACGCGGUUCAAUCGAGUUGUCCCCGUCUGCAUUGGUUCCUCCCGCUCCUUCUCCCAAUUGCUACGUUGCUGCUGGCGAAGCCUGCGGCUGCAGCACAACAAGACUGCACAGCCUGCACGGACUGAGACACUUGGCUGCGAGUGUCACAGGGCUCUGCAGGCGAUGCAAGGGGUGCCACUGUGUGGAAAGGGUCAGCUUUUAGCAACAUUCCUGUGGCAGUGUAGCUCACUUGUGUACUCGCUGCCCACAUGCAUGUGGGCCGGGCUUCAAAGCCUUUAGCAGAAAGCCCUGGGUUUGGCUUGGGUCAGGCAGGCCCAAGAGGAUACCAAACAUUAGCUGCAUUGCCUGCUACCGAACACUGGGGAAAGGUUAUCCCUCCUGGAUGUGGUGCACUUCAGAGCAGACAGGUGUACAGUACAUCUAUGUAAGUGUACCUCAAGGCCAUGUUCUCUGCUUUGUGAUUCCUGGAUAGGAAAAGUCCUGACACCUUCCUCCCACCAACCUUCACCACCUCUCCCUUGCUCUCUCGCUAUGCAAUGAGAGCAGCAACAGAGUCCUUCCACAGCAGUUGACAUCAGACUGAGAGGUGUUGCGAAUGUCUCCAACUCUGGCCUGAAAGGGAUGCAACGCAAGUCUGUUAGCGGUCCUGUUGACCUCAGUGGCUUCUGGGGAAGUACCCGCAGACAUGCACUGCAAAUUGGGGUUAUGGCCUGAACAAGUGGCAGGUUCCAAUGAGAAUGAGAAUUUUCUGCAUGGUCCACGUAGCAGAUUUAGUCCGAGAGUACAAUGGGGAGGUAUGGUCUCCUCUUCAGCACCCAUUCUGUCUCCCUUCUUUAGCAGCUUGCUAACUCUGCACUGUAUGCUCUGUGUACAUUCUCCCCAUCAUGAAUCAUCAUGAAGAAGGCAAUGUUUUGGCCCUGGGAGCUACUGAUUUAUGUUGUGGCCUAAAGCCAGCCCGCCAGAGCCUGCCAAACUGCUCCCUGUGGACUUCAAUUACUUUCGAGAACUCUUAAGAGGACCAAACACUUGUAAAAUAAUCGGGGGAAAGAUCAGCCAGCAAUACAUUUGCAAGGAUUUCAAGAUGACUUAGAUAGAACUGAUGAGCAACCUUCCUGCUGCUGAAUAUCAGCUCAGUUGUUUGAGGCUAGAUGUAGGUGUGAGCUGGACUGUCAGCUCUGGAUGGAAGCAAAACUGAUUUUGCCACGAGCCUGCAGCAGGAACCACCUACUGCCCUCUCAUAUAACCUCUGUCAUUGACUUGUGUGACAAACUUGAGUGUGAGCACUGGGUGCCGUAUAUAUGAAUGUACGCCAUACCAGACCAUCCAAACAAAAAGCUUAAUGAGGUCACAGUCUGCAGUACUUUUGUUUAAAUUGACAGUUUAUUAAACAAAAAAAAAUUAAAAUAUGUGCAAAGAGGAACAUUUAUGCAUUCAUCUUUCCUUAUUAACAUUCCCUAACCCAAUCCACUGCCUACUGCCAGCAGGAAAGAGAUGUAGUGAAUGCCAUGCCCUUGAAUGCUGGUAACCGCUGAUACCAUGCAACACCUCUAAAGAAAGCAACAGCAGUCUCUCCUGCUAUAAAGCAAAACCAAAACCUGAAGGUGCUGGAAAUCUAAAAUCGAAACAGAAAACCCUGGAGAUAGCCAGCAAGCCAGGCAGCCACUUUGAGGGAGAAACAGAUUAAUGGCCUUGAAUCAGAAUUCAGGUCUUUGAUCCUCUGCCUCUGUCUUUAGCUAUGCUACCAGAUCUACAUUUCUCCCCAAUGUUUUCAACAUGUUGGAAGUGUUAACAACGUUCCUGUUUUUUAUCUUAAGGUAUAUUUAAUUUCAACAGAACUUCAGAUAUGAUGUGACUUUUAUUAAAUGAACUGCUAGAAAUAAUAAAUUUCAAAUGGGAAGACAAAACGAUCACCUACUUUGACAUGGAGUGGAACCCAAGCUAAUUUAUCUCAGGAUUGCCAACAGGAGACUUGAUCUUAAGCAGCAGUGAAUUUAUUCAGGGAUGAACAGAUGUUAAUGGAUAUAGGCUAGCACAGUAGAAGAAGCUGCUCUCAUACAGAUCUUUAUCUUUAACAGACAUGAUCACAGAAGAACUGCCGCUGUGGUAAAUAGACUAAUAAUUAGCAUUUCUCUUUUUAUGUGUAGUUUAUUGUGACAUGAGAGUUCCCAAACCCAAUUACAUCUGCUAACUUUGUACAAACUGUUCCAUUAAUAAGGACACUUUGUUUUGUAAUAUUUUAACCAAAAUAUGUACUGGAAAUUGUCGAUGCUAAGUCUUGCCUAUUCAGUUUUGUUGUACUGCAAGAAGUGCAGUGAUUUUAAGUGAAUCUGUGGGCAUUUUAGCCUAUAGUCUUGCCAGAUUUUAAAAGUACAAUGCAUAUACGUAUGUCUAUUUAUUCAUCACCUGUCAUAUAUUAUCUAUUUGAAAACAAACUUUCUUUCAUAGUGCCUCGUCAGAAAGCACAAAUUUCUGCCUUUGGUGAAAUGAAGAAUAAUUGUGUUUUUGCAUUAUUGACAAUGUGAAUAUAAAAUUAACAUAUUGUAAAUGUUCUUUUUCAUGUGAAUCAACUUCUUAUCUGCAUUAUCACAAAGUGAUAAUUAUUUUUAAGUUAUGUGCAUUGUUAACCCAUUAGAUCCUUUGUUGUUGAAAUAAAUGGCAUCCAAUAAAUACA